AUGGCAAGAACAUCAUCACCUUCCUUUUCAUUACUUCCUCCAUCUUCAUUGUUGUACCCACCACCUCCAUCUUCAACACAUGUUCCAUACACAACAUCAAUCAACCCAUCGUUAGCUCAUUCCGUUAUGAAUUUCCAUACCAACAACAAUUCUUCAUCAUCGGGCAACAAUGGUCUUGUUGGUGUUUCAGCAUUGUCUUCCGUACCAAAUUACAACAAUGAUUCAGCUGGUGGUUAUUCUUCCUCUUCCUACCACUACAACUAUCCCGUCAAUACAACAUCGUCGCUGGCCAAUCAUCAUCAUCACUCUUCAUCCAUGAACGGGUAUCCUCUCUCUACUCCUUCACUAUCAUCUUCUCUACUUUCUGGACAGCAGUUUCAUAUGAAUGACAUGAUGAUAAUGUCCCCUAACCAACCAUCUAUUCCACCACCAACGACGACUCACAAACAACCCUAUGGCCAGCAACAACACCCGUCGACGAGAACUAAUACAUUCCAAUCCAAUAUCAAGAACAAUGGAGAUGGUCAUACGAAUCAUCUUCCUCUCAGCUGUACAUUGCCUACAAAUUCUUCUCAAUCCAUGAACACGUCGUUUUACUCGAAUAUUGGAAAUUCAGUAGUAGUUACUGAAGGAAAAGACACCAACCCAAACUACUCUUCCGAUAACCGAAAUAAUAUCUCACUUCUUUCCUCUUAUAAUAGAAAUCAAGAAAGUGUGAUGGCUCCAAAUUAUUAUUUAUUUUCUGACCAUGGACCAAGAAAUUUAGAUGAUCCCAUCACUCCUAAUUAUUAUCAAUCAAACAUUAAUAAUUUUCAACCAACGAAUCAUCACCUCCCGAUGAACACAAGUUUAUUUCAACAGAAUAAUCAGAUAGAACGUCCUGGUUUUUACAAUCAACAACCAAAUAUUUCGUCAAACAAUAAUGCAUCUUCAUUAAUGAACCAUUCAUUCAAAGGAAAUUCAACCCACAACAUUCCAUUCAACAACAUCAAUUAUAAUUCAUCAAGCUCCUUUGACCCUCAAAACUCUUCCAAAUUAUACCCCCAAAAAUCAAGUCAUAGCACGGAUGCAAAUUCAACUCACAACAACUCUUCCAAAAAUAGACCAAUACUUAGACCCAAGGUCAUUAAUCAAAGAACAGAUCCUCAAUAUUUGCAAAUGUUAAAAAUUCCUACUUCAGUUGUUAUUGACAAUUCUGUUUCUGACUCGAGAAAAAACACUGCUGUGAUUAAGUUAUCAGUUAAUGUUUUAAAGACGUACAAACAUAUUAAUGAUGUAUAUUAUUUGAAAAAGGAGGAAGAGAGAAGAUUAAAACAAUUGAAGAAUGGGAAAACACAUAGCUCCAAACAUAAGAAAAUUAGUAGCUCUAAAACAAGUUUACCAUAUGUUAGUGAAGCUGCGAACGUUGAUUUACACCGACAAAAUACUAACAAUCCUAAUUUCAAUAAUGUUACGUUUCCCUAUAGGCCAACCAUUCAGCCAUAUCCUGAGGAGGAUACCUCAAAUUUGAACAAUCCAAAUUGUUCUCAGAAACAAUCAGAAAUAUCUCGACAACAACCUCAUACUUCAUUUUUAUCCUAUAGUUCAUUUGGAAACAAUCAAUUGUAUAAUUACUAUACUGCUAUGAAAAACAAUUACAUGGAUCCUACGACUAUUGCUGCUGCUAACAUGACGCAGUAUAACUCAUCAACAGUAAUGACGAGUAACCCACAGAACGUAAUGACAUCACAAACCCUACCUUCUUUUACCGAACAACAUACCAUUCAACAACAACAACAACAACACAAUUCAUACAAGACUGUAAAUGAUACUAUGGCUCCCACUUCUUCUGUAUCAUCUUUCUAUCAACAACAACAACAACAAGCUCAACAAAAUGUUAACCAACCAAUGACAGGAGUAGAUGACUCACAAGGCAAUUAUAUUGUACAGAUUAAUGAGUUGAUCAACAACAGAUUUUUAGUUGAGGAAGUUAUGGGAAAGGGAUCUUUUGGAGUUGUUGUCAAGGCAUUCGACAUACCCAACAAUGAGCACGUGGCUGUAAAAAUUAUCAAAAACAAACCACAGUUUCAUACACAGGCUCACAUUGAAAUUCAGCUUCUCAAAGAUUUAAACACAAAAGAUGCAAAUGGAAAGAAUAAUAUUGUGAGGAUGAAAGAAUAUUUUCAAUGGAAGAAUCAUUUGUGCAUUGUCUUUGAAUUACUCUCGAUGAACUUGUAUGAUCUUCUAAAGGCAAGCAAUUUUACUGGACUCUCAUUGUUUCGAAUUUGUAAAUUUGGAAAAGAAUUACUUCGUACCUUGAGUUUUUUAUCACUUCCAGAGGUACAAGUCAUUCAUUGCGACUUGAAACCUGAAAAUAUUUUACUCAAGAAUCCAAAAAAGAGUAGCAUCAAAGUCAUUGAUUUCGGUAGCUCUUGCUAUGUUAACAAUAAGAUGUACAAGUACAUUCAAAGCAGAUUUUAUAGAUCUCCAGAGGUGAUAUUGGGACUUCCAUAUGGAACAGAAAUUGAUAUGUGGAGUUUUGGAUGCAUUCUUGUUGAGUUGCAUACAGGUAAUCCUCUAUUUGAUGGAAAGAACGAAACAGACCAAAUUUACAAAAUUAUUCAAGUGAUUGGAAUGCCACCAAGACACAUGAUUGAACAAUCUCCAAAAAAAGACAAGUUUUUCAAAUUGAAUACUCUCACUCAUCAAUACGAACCAUUAGAUUCCUCAGUAAUACCGAACUCUGUUUCUCUUUAUAAUAUUAUCAUGAAUGUUCCUCCCAAAAGACACAUCUCUCCAUAUUCAUUUACUUUUGAAGUUCCUAUGAAUUUUAUGAAAUUGUACAUGUUGGUGAACAAAAUUCUCCAAUACGAUCCACACAUUAGACUGAAGCCACAGUAUGCAAUUCAAGAGGAUUUUUUCAAAAUUAGUGACAUUGCUCAUCAAGCGGUGUUGGAAUCACCUGCAUUUAUACACAAUGGAACGACCAGUCCUUAUCUAUAUUCAAAUAUCACUACCGCUGCUGUCAAUACCACCCUAUUGUCCAAUUCUCAGAGCAUGGUGCAACCUGUUUCGAAACAGAUCAUGACUGGUGGUGGUAGCAGCACGAAUUAUAACGUUCCUCCUAUGAAUUCGUUGCGAACUUCAACGUACAAUGGUCCAACAACCACUCAACUUGCAUCUCAAAUGUAUGGCAUUAAUAAUUAUUCUCUGGGGUAUUCCAAUCCAUUAGGCCAUAAUAAUACAGCCAAUGAUCAGACAUCUCAACACACUUUCAACCUGUAA